GCUCAGGGACACCGGCUCCCGGCCGCAGCAACUCCACCAAGUUCUCUCCCUCGCUCUCCAGCCUGAGCCCUCCCGCUCCGUGCAGGCGGGCCGCUGCCUGCCCAGCCCUCCGCGGCCCCUCGGCCCGGUCCCGCUCGGUCAGCUGGGUCAGCUCGGAGCCCGCGGCGAGGACCCGGCGGCCCUGCAGCCUGCACCCGGCCUGCAGUCCCCCCGUGGGGCCCACGCACCCCGGCUCGCGGCCGGCGGAACCCGGGGACUCGAGCGCGGCCGAGAAAUCCCCAAGUUGGACACCGAGAAGACCCUUCCUGCCUAUUCUAAGUCAUGACUUGAAAGCUGUCAGGACUCUCCAUGGCCUAGAAGGUAUAGACUGAAAGAGUCUUCAUGUGUUCUGAGAAGUUCAGGAAGACACAGCUCUGCCUGCAGUUGAGCACAAAGACCUGGAGGAGACUCCCAUAGCCGGGGAGAAGAAAGCAGGAGCCGAGAAGCCCAUUAAAAGGAACUUGUGGCUUGUGGCCUUUUUUGCAGGGGCCGCCAGGGAGAAAAGUGCACCGAAGCCACCGUGGUGGUUAAUGAGCCGGGAGAUGAGGCGCAUCCGCGGCUGACCCUGCCUCCAGCAUCCUGUGCUGCCCUUUGUGCUUCGUGUACAUGUGUCUUUCCAGGCCGGCCGGAGGCGCCCACAAGAGCAUCCACCACGGCUGCCGGAGAAAGACCGCCCACCAUGCCCACCGAGACGCUACAGACAGGUAGCAUGGUGAAGCCGGUCAGCCCCGCGGGCACCUUCACGUCGGCGGUGCCCCUGCGCAUCCUCAACAAGGGGCCCGACUACUUCCGCAGGCAGGCGGAGCCCAACCCCAAGAGACUGAGCGCGGUGGAGCGGCUGGAGGCCGACAAGGCCAAGUACGUCAAGAGCCAGGAGGUGAUCAACGCCAAGCAGGAGCCCGUGAAGCCAGCCGUGCUGGCCAAGCCCCCGGUGUGCCCCGGCGCCAAGCGCGCGCUGGGCAGCCCCACGCUCAAGGUGUUCGGCAACCACGCCAAGACGGAGGGCGGCGUGCAGCGCGAGACGCUCAAGCUGGAGAUCCUCAAGAACAUCAUCAACAGCUCCGAGGGCUCCAGCUCGGGCUCGGGCCACAAGCACGGGGCUCGAAACUGGCCCCCGCACAGGCCGGAGGCCGACCUGCACCGGCACUCCUUCGCGGAGUCCCUGAAGGUCUACCCCACGCCGGGCCGCGGCAGCCCGCAGGAGUGCAGCUCCCACGUGAGCCGGAGGCUGCUGGAGCAGUCGGCUGAGUCCUUCCUGCACGUCUCCCAUAGCUCCUCCGACAUCCGCAAGGUGACAAGCGCCAAGCCCCUCAAAGCCAUCCCCUGUAGCAGCUCCGCCCCUCCCCUGCCUCCCAAGCCCAAGGUGGCCGCGGUGAAGUCGCCUGAGGCCGACCCGGUGGAACCGGCCUGCGGCGUCAGCAGAAGACCCUCCCUCCAGCGGUCCAAGUCAGACUUGAGUGACAGGUAUUUCCGAGUGGACGCGGACGUGGAAAGGUUCUUCAACUACUGCGGACUGGACCCAGAAGAGCUGGAAAACCUCGGCAUGGAGAAUUUCGCAAGGGCUAAUUCUGACAUCAUAUCACUCAACUUCCGCAGUGCAAGCAUGAUCAGCUCAGACUGUGAACAGUCUCAGGACAGUAACAGUGACCUUAGAAAUGAUGACAGUGCCAAUGACCGGGUCCCAUACGGCAUUUCUGCCAUCGAAAGAAAUGCUAGGAUCAUCAAGUGGUUAUAUAGCAUCAAACAAGCUAGAGAGUCACAGAAGGUGUCCCACGUGUAAGAGCCACAGCAGUGGAAAGGAGGGAGGGGCGGGUCUGUGCAUACGGUUGUGAAGGUUGUAAGGUCUCCUCGAAGUGUUGUGAGCUUCUCCACCCUUUGUGUUGCUUGUUGUGCAAUGUUUUCGAGUUGCAUGCCUGUCAACAUGGCGACUGGCCUGGCUUCCCUCGUCACAUCGCUGCAGAGCCUGGCUGAACACUCUCCUGCCAAGUUUCCCGCCAGAAUCUAAUUAGGGCUUUGCUCUUAAGCAAAACUGUUUACAGGAAAAACGGUAUAUGAUUUCUUCAAUAUUUAUGUGGUUCUUGUGUUUUUAUACCCUCCCUAUUGUGUCUUAAUUAAAAAUUUUAUCAACUGGCUUUCAAGUUGAGAGCAGAAUCUUUUUGAAAUAAAAAGCCACUUUUGCCUACAUGAGAAACCAUAACACUGGGAAAAUAUAUGGGACUUGCUACCAAACAGAGUGACUGAUGGAACACAGAACUGGGCUGGGGUUUCUGUGGAAUCAAGUGGUAAGCCUGAAGCCGGUGGUUCACAUGUUGACAGUCUCUUGCCACUUAGUGGAGCAUUGUGGAGCAACGGUGCUGUCUUGUGUCCAAUUCCGUGUAUGUGUUGGUGGUUCUUUGUAAUA